AUGUAUCCUUCCUUUCUUGUGUAUGCCAUUCGUUUGCUUCUUUGUUGGCCAUUCAGUUCGGUCCUUGCUUAUGCAUCCGACAACCGGCUUGUCCCUGGCAAGCCGCUCUCCCCCGGCAGUGUCCUCGUCUCUCAAGAUGGGGUAUUUGCCCUUGGAUUCUUCUCUCCUUCAAACUCCACCUAUAAGCAGAACCAUCACUAUGUGGGCAUAUGGUACAACGGCAUUCCGGAGCGCACCGUGGUAUGGGUUUCUAACCGUGCGGCGCCGAUCACCACUAACCUAUCCUAUGCAAACCUUGCCGUGACCAGCACUUCGAACAUAGCCUUGUCCGAUAGCAAUGGUCGUGUCCUCUGGAUAACGAACAACGGCAUCAGCAUCGACGCCAUGGUGUCGGUGGAAGCGGUGUUGGACAACACUGGAAACUUCAUCCUUCGGUCGUUGGCUGACACUGACAGUGCCAUACUGUGGCAAAGCUUCGACCACCCCACCGACACUCUCCUACCCGGCAUGAAUCUCAGGCUCAGCCACAAGACGCUCCCGUUGCAACACCUCGUCUCCUGGAAGGGCCAACAGGACCCAUCCCCCGGUGAUUUCUCCUAUGGCGCAGACCCUAGCAGCCUCCUCCAGUGCUUCGUCUGGAAUGGCUCGACGCCACACCGGCGAAGCCCGGUGUCGGUGUGGACGAACUACCUCUACAUGGACAGACUAGACGAGUCUAGCAUUUACAUGGCCUUACACCACGCCGGCGACGAGGUGUACAUGUCCUUCGGCAUGCCCACUGGCUCCUUGGUCAUGCUGGUCAGGAUGGAGAUUCACUACUCAGGCAAGCUAAAUAUACUAAGCUGGGAGAGCAACAUGUCAGUAUGGAGAACCCGGUACGCAGAGCCUCAACAUGAGUGCAACAUGUACGGCUACUGCGGUCCUUAUGGUUACUGCGACACCAUAGAAAUCGUCCCAGUUUGCAAGUGCCUUGAUGGUUUUGAGCCGAGGGAUGGUAAAGGAUGGAGCUCCGGUAGAUUCUCGCAGGGAUGCCGACGGAAGGAGGUGCUAAGGUGCACCCAUGGAGACGGUUUCUUGGCCUUUUCGGGCAUGAAGGUCCCUGACAAGUUCCUACAUGUCCCCAAGAGAAGCUUUGCUGAGUGCACGGAGGAAUGUAGAAGCAAUUGCUCCUGUGUGGCAUAUGCUUACUCCAUGAUGAGCAACAUUGAUAUUGAUGGAGAUGAUACAAGAUGCCUGGUAUGGAUGGGAGGUCUGAUCGAUAUGGACAUGGAGAACCACACUCAAGGAGGGGAGAACCUUUAUGUUCGGACUCGAAGAUUACAAGGCAACAUGAGAAAGAUGAAAACUCUGGAAAUUGCAUUAAUCUUACUAGCAGUUGUUUCAAGUUUUCUGAUACUCAUAUGCGUGGGGCUUAUUUGGAUCUAUGGCUUUAGAGAUGAUACAAGAAAAUCACUGCUCAACUGGCCAACUAGAUUUAAGAUAAUCAAAGGUGUAGCCAGGGGACUUCUUUAUCUCCACCAAGAUUCUAGAUUGAUGAUGAUUCAUAGAGAUCUCAAAGCAAGCAACAUAUUGUUGGAUGCUGAAAUGGGCCCCAAAAUAUCUGAUUUUGGUACAGCUAGGAUCUUUGGUGUCCAUGAACAAGAAAGACAUACCAAUCGAGUUGUUGGAACAUUUGGAUACAUGUCACCUGAAUACGCAAUGGAAGGUGUCAUCUCCGUCAAAUCCGAUGUUUACAGCUUUGGCGUGUUACUUCUAGAGAUUGUGAGUGGCAUCAAGACCGGCACCACAACCACAAGCGCAUGUGCACGCGCUCAUAACCUUAUAGAUUAUGCGUGGAGCUUAAGGAAGGAUGGGAAAAUGAUGGAUCUAAUCGAGUCAUCUAUCAUCCAGGGUUGCUGUCUGGUUGAAGCUCUACGAUGCAUCCAUAUCGGACUCUUGUCGGUGCAGGACGACCCAGAUGCUCGCCCCCUCAUGUCUUGGGUGGUAGCAAGCCUGGAUAACCAAGACAUUGAUCUCCCGCAGCCGAAAGAGCCUAUGUGCUUUUCACGCCGUAACUACGGAGGCGGGGAAAGCCACAUACAUGACAUGAGUCUCGAAAACCUCAAGGGGCGCUAGCCAGAAAAUAGCUGGUCCUCUUGUCCUUGUGACCCUGAUAUCUUCAUACGUCUACUCUACGUGUG